GUUCUCGGUCGCGCCCGUGGAAGGGCCACUUGGUGACAAACUCCGGAAGGAACUGACGUCCGGCUUCUACAAGGACUUCGUGGCCAUCCAGCCCGGCGGCCACAUCAUGCCUAGCUUCUACCCGGCGUGGCACAGCAGAUACGCUCAGUUCCUCGUGAAGAAGGACGAUGUCUGGGUUAUAACUUACCCGAAGUCAGGCACGACGUGGACGCAGGAGCUGGCGUGGUGCCUCCUGCACGGGCGCGGGACGGAAGCAGGCAGACAGGGCCUCAUGAGGCGCUUCCCCUUCUUCGAGUAAGUCUCCCCGGAUGAGCCGCGGGACGCACGGAUGUAAGAACACAGCAUGAACAAGAGUAAAAUCAUCGUUUGAAA